AUGUUUUUUUCAUCUCCUCUGAACUUCGGCUCCUCUCUUCAUCUCACUCGCCUCCUGCUCCUCAUCAUCGCUGUGGCAACACAGGUGGAGGGACGGCCGUCACCACGGCGACCGGACGCUCAGGUUCUGCAGGAUCUGUUCGGGCUGAAGAUCAGCUCUCUGGUACUGGCUCACCCAGAGGUCAGCGAGGGGUCAGCAGAUGAAGCCCCGCCCCUCUCACAGCCGCGUCAUGCUAACGCCGCUCCGUCACGCGUGUUCCUGGAGCUGCUGGGCCGUCACAGGAAGCUGCAGGGGCGGAGCAGGAAGGGUGUGGCGCGCGGCUGCUUCGGGAUGAAGGUGGACCGGAUCGGGGUCAUCAGUGGACUGGGAUGCUGA